AUGGAACAGCAGUCUGACAUUAUUAAAGAAAUUAUCGCGUUGAAGGAUAAAUUCAAUUCAGACGAACAGAUAGAAGCCUUCAAAGAAGUUGCUGAAAAUGUUCGUAAGUUUGAAGAAAUAACGACCCAGAAAAGUGAAGAGCUCAGGAAAGAACUAAGAAUGUUGAACAGAAAAUUAACAACAAUCAAAGCCGGCGCGAAAAAAUCAACCGAUCAAAAUGAUCCUAAUUUUAAUGAUCUUAUAGCCAAACAUGAGCGUGAAAAAUUUGAAUUAGAUGAAUUAAACGCUCAAUUAGAAAUGGAAGAAAAAUAUCCUUUUGAAUCUUAUUCAUUAUGUAAAGAACUAGAAGAAUUAGAGAAUAUGAGCGUUGAAGACGAGACACUACCAAAAGAUGAUAAUAUUUCGCUUCAACUUCACUUAUACCGUAAGUUGGGUAUUCAAUUCAUUGAGGACGAGAAUACUCACGAAUUAAAAGCAAGAAUAGAAUCCCCUGAUGGUAAUGACAUUCAUACUGUGGUGAUCGAUGAUAGACAUUCACAAUAUUUUAUGACUAAUCAUUUAUGGGAAUUAACUACUGGUUCUUCUUAA